UAUAAUGCCCAAUACUCCUCAUUACCAUCCAUUGGCACUCACUCCCUCCAAAAAACAGAAAACACCUACGCACCAUCUCCAAAUUAGCCAUGUCGAAACCCACCACGCUAAUAAUCCCACUGCUCCUCCUCCUCCCUUUCUUCGUAAUGACCAACGGAAUCCGAGGAAAAGUGGGAGGGAGAACCCAAGUGAAGAACGUUAAGCAGAACCAGGAAAUACAAGAGCUUGGCAGAUACUGCGUCGGAGAGUACAACCACCAGCUGCAGCUUAAAGCCAACGGCAGUACCGCUCUCGUCUUCUCACAGGUAGUAGCGGCGGAGACCCAGGUUAUUUCCGGAAUCAAAUACUACCUCAAGAUCUCCGCCGUCACACGCGACGGAGCUCCGGCCAGGACUUUUGACGCGGUGGUGGUGGUGAAGCCCUGGCUUCACUCCAAAGAGUUGCUCAACUUUGCUCCCUCCCCACCUCCCAAAAGCACCAAGUGAAGGGGAGAAAGGGAGAGAAACAGAGAGAGAGAGAGAGAAAUAAAAAUUUUGUGUUUGUAUUUUGUCUUCUCUUACUUGUAACUUUGUUGUUGCGGGAUUGUUGAUGGGUUGCUGCUAAUAAUGGAACUGAUUAACAAAAUGCGUGCGCGAGUAUUUUGGUCUUGUGUAUGAUAUCGUGAUAUGCGCUUAAUAGGCCGACAGUGCCGUGUAUUAGUGCAUU